AUGAGAGUGUUUCUGGUUAUUUGUUUCGCACUAAUAACUAUAAAGACCACCCACAAUGCAUUAGAAACACGAAUCGACGGUGGUCAAGAAGCCAUUCCCCAUUCCAUCCCAUAUCAAGUGUUUCUUCAAGUGUUUACCACUAGCACAGGAUGGUACUGUGGAGGAGUACUAAUUUCAGCGAAUUAUGUCCUCACAGCAGCACAAUGCAUUCACUCUACCAACAUCGCUUAUGUGUUCUUAGGAGUUCACAAUCUAACACAACAAGAAGACACACACGUAUUCAAAAUUAGCAAUGAACUGAUUAUACAUCAAAAUUUUAAUAUUUCCAACUGGUCGAAUGACAUAGCUCUUAUCAAACUACCAGAAAGUGUGGAAUUUACGGAUGCCAUUCAACCAGUGGCUUUACCAAGACGGAGCGACGUAGACAAUUAUUUUGUGGGUGCUAUUGGUAUUGCCAGUGGAUGGGGCUUGACUGAUUUUCAGGAAGAUUAUCUUUCUGAUGUUUUAAAUUAUGUCGAAGUGAAGGUAAUCACAAACAGGGACUGUCAUUUUCAAGAUGGUGAGUCGGUUGUUGAUAGCAUGUUGUGCACUUCUGGUUUAAACCACAGAAGUACCUGUAUCGGGGACAAUGGUGGGCCUCUGGUUGUAGAUGGUGUUUUCAUUGGUAUCAUUUUUUAUCACCCAGAGUUAUGUGGCGAUUCUGAAGCACCAUCAAUAUAUACAAGAAUCACGAGUUUUUUAAACUGGAUUGAAGAAAAUAGUGACGUUAUAAUUGGAUGAGUUGCAUUAAAAGA